CCACCCACAGUGCUUGCACAGGAAAAAACAGUAUACAUACGCUGUUCUUCUGAUUCGAGGUUAUUGCUUUUAUCAUCUCUACUGGCCUCAGUGUAGUCAGAAUUCGCCGGGUAUAGUUGGGCAGCGAUUUGGCUUGCUUUCCAGGGGGGAGGAAAAGCUACAAUUAAUUGCAUUGACUGCCAUAUCGUGUGCCUCUUAGCUCCUUGAUGGAUAGCGGCACCGGCAAGGACAUGGUGAUGGCUUCACUCCAUGACCACCAGAAUAGCCAGGCCCAAUUUGAAAAAAUCAAAAAGCAAACGGCGCGCAAGAAGUUUGCCAAACCGCCUGUCAAGGUAGCUUGUCUGUCCUGCCGCGCUUCCAGAGUAAGAUGCGAUGGAAAAGAGACAUGUUCAGGGUGCGCCAGUAAGGGGAAAGAAUGCAGCUAUCUCCCUAGCAAACGGGGAGGCCCACGGAAAAAAAAAGUGGGACAGCCCUCGUCCCUGGGUUUGGAACCCCAUGAUAAGUCAUGGGUGUCAACAUUCCCUCUUACCCGCGUACAUGAAGCGGUGUUUGAUCAAUUCGACUCCCUUGCUGUGCCAGGAGCUGGAUUGAGACAUCUUGACUUUUCUCCGGAAGUCCAGUCGAUGUUUGAAGAUUUAAUGGUACCUGCUAGUGGAGAUGUAUCGCGUGCUACGCUAGCUACAGAGCCCGUUCCCGUUAAUAUGCCUAGCCAGGAUCCCUCACGGGUAAGGGUAUACGGUAACGAACAUGACAUAUUAAAUGGAUAUUACAUAUUUAUCCAUCUAUAUUUUCCGAUAUUCCCUCCUGCACAUGCUCCCAUCGCAGUGGACCGCCCCCUGGAUUCCCCAGGGAAAUCUUCUAAUCCAAAAUUACAGGCCACAGAAACACCCUUGGGUUAUAUACCGAAGUCGCCCAUAAGCCUUGCAAUAUCAGCCAUUCUUGCACUCGUUCCCCAUCCAAAAGACCCAAAUCCUUCUUCACCAGAGUCAGUGCUCCUUCGAAGGUCGUAUGCUCAGUGGUUUUCUAAAGCCUCCUUGGACAGCGUUGAGGCGGAAUCCGAUCUUGCGGAGUCCGCCGCCAACCCUUCUCAGGCCCUUCUCAAUGAACAUCCCGUCCCUAAACGACCAUCGCUUCACCCGCACGUACCUGUUGAAUUAGAAGCCGUUCUAGCACUUCUAAUUCUUAGUGUUUACGAGUAUGCCCAGCGAGGAAAUCUUGUCAAAAUGCGGCACCGUGCUGGUCAGGCUUUUGUUACGGCAAUGAAUAUGUCGUUGCAUGCGUUGCCACCUGAAGAUAACAUUUAUUCUGAAGCGAAACGACGCGCUUGGUGGAUGACCUAUUACAGCGUUUGCCAAGGUUCAAUCGUGAGCACGACUCCUCCUACAAUCAUUCUCAACGACCCGCGAUUUGUGACCCCGUUUCCGCGUUUUGCUUCGGACCCAGAGGGUUGGUCAAUCCUAAUGCGAGCCCAGCACGCUCUUGUUGCUGGGACUCAAUUCAUUCUUGAUCUUAAUCAAGCCCUAAAAGCCCGAGGCAACAUGUCAUAUAUAUACGAGCGGAUGAAAAAAGUUGACGCUUGGAUUCGGCCCGUUUUGGCCCACGCCACGACUACCCCAUCUAUGCCUCCCUUGAAUGGGAUGACUGAUUCUGAAUCAAUAACUGCGCAAAGUAUCCGAAAAAUAUCCCUUCUCAAGCUUUCGAGCGCCCACAUCAAAACUCACCGUUUCCGUGCAUUCUUGGAUAUCCCCAUUUUUAUCAAAAAACACUGCGACCUCACUUGCGCCAGCAUAGGGUACCUAGGGCAUGAGGCCGACGCACAAGGAAGCUCAAAGCUUUGCUGCGCUUCAACCAACUUAUCUAAUAUUCCUACAAUACCUCCGUCGGGUCAAUCUCCAUCCUCUUGCUCGACAACAUCAGAUGUCUCUGGCGCCACCACAUCCUCCUCAACUUGGGUUAACGAGGAUGCGUUUCCAUUCACGAAUCACGAAUCAACGGAGAUCUGUUUAAACUCCGCUCUCACCAUCGCUCACAUGUUCCGCACCCUCCCGUAUCCGACCCCAAUAUACGAUGAUAAGGAUCUAGUAAGUAUCUCCCCAAGGUCGCGAUCGCCUUCGGAUGAUCCUGCUUCCGCCCUUCCACGGACUAUGCCUUCUUUUGCUUGCUGUGCCAUGCAGAGCAGCUAUGCCAUGCUCAUGCUUUAUUAUAAAUCUCGAGUCAUAGACCACACUAGCAGUGUAGAAGGAAACCCACUAAAACCCUCUGACGACUUAGCGGAUGAGCUUCAGUAUGGUUUGGAGUGUGUGAUAUCUGCCGUUAGAAACUAUUCAAUAGCGUUUGAGGCGCUGGAUGGAAUGAGAGACGAAAUUGAAGGCGCUUUCAUGACAGCUUUCCCGCAGCCAUAAUUAGCCCGCAGAGUUUCUUCGACUAUCUUAAAUCUAGUCUUCCCAUCUCGGAAAUCACGUCAAGCCUCUGCUCCCGCUCUCUGGCUAUCGCGAACGACCAAGCGGGAUGCUAAAUUUGCAGCGGAUACAUUUCACUUAUCUCCUCUCUCUCUCUCUUUCCUCUUUUUUUUUUCGCUCUCUCCUCACUUGCAGCGGAUUUGAAUGAUUCCAUGACCCACCCUCACUUUACGCCUGAUUUCACAUAUAUUUAUUUCCAGGAUAUAUUUCCCUUCAUAUACAUAAUCUUUCUGGAUAUGUUAGCCUCAUUUUUCAUCAUACCCGCCAAUUUUCUUCUUCCUUCUCCUUACCACCUCCCUUUUUUUUCGUCUUCAUUUUCGUUUUUCACUUUUUUGUUUGGGAUGUCGCCUGUCCAUUUAUUUAGGUUGGCCUAGAGGUCAUAUUUCUUCCCGGAUACCUCUCUCCCUUGUAUAUUACACAUCUUUCUGCCUUUUCUUUCUUGCAAUUUUUCUCGUCUAUAUACCAAUAUCGUUAGUCGCCACAGUCCCUCAGUUAGCAAUCAAUGCAUAAUGCGUGGCGUAUUUUUUUCGGACUUAUUAUACACCCUUGUUUCCCUUAACCCUAACACAUUCCACGUAGCUUCUUCACUUUCUGACAUGUUCCUCUGUAACUUAUAAGAUGCGUAUUUGGUUACCGUUACUAAAUUACAUUAUCUAUUUACAUUAGAUCACAUCACCAUCCCCCCCCCCGCGUUGAACAGCUCGACAAAGGAAUAUCAUAUCCAAGACAGGCAGGAACCAGGACGGAAUAAACGACACACAUCAACAAGAUAGUAGAACGUGUGCGUACACAGGACAAAAUCUAUCUAUAAUGCCGCUAAAGAAAGAAGCAGUGGGCAAAUGAAGAAUUCAGAAGAAUAGAAAGCAGCGACAUUCCAAACGCACCGCUUUUCCUGGGAAACGAGAACAACGCCAUUCACUGACCACGCUGUAAAAUAGAUAUAGACAGGAGAAGGUCAAAGAGGCAUCGCUCAAAGCUUAGACCUAAUCCCUUCAAGGCGAAACUUGACAUCUUUCAGUACCUUGCUGGAAGGCUUCCAGUCGUCAAACAGCUUCAGGAGCUCCGAAGUUUCCUCGGAUAAUUCGCGUCGCACGUAUUCUUCCUCCAGGACACCUCGCAUGGCGAAAGGGAGGAUGUAUGGGUUUCCGUUUGGUGAACGGCUCGAUGUGUUUAUUUCUAGUUUGGCAUUGGGAACGGGAAGCGUUUCGAGCGUGAACUCGAUAGCGAGUCUGAAAGAAAACGAAUUGUCAAUAGAUUGCACAUUUUGCUGAGGGUAUCUCAU